AUGGCUACUUUUAUGUCUCUAAUGGAUUCUUUGACUACUCAACAGCGUCUUGCUGUAACGAGUUCUCAGCGAUUUUUGCAGAUUUUGGCGGGACCAGGUUCUGGGAAAACGCUUGUUUUAAUUAGUAGAAUUAUUCAUAUACUUUUAGAGCAAAAUGUAUUUCCACAGGAAAUUGUAGUAGUGACUUUUACGAAUAAAGCAGCAAAAGAAAUUAAAAAUAGAAUUGGUACUAUAAUUGGAGAAGAUAUUGGGAAUAGGAUAGUCUCUGGAACAUUUCAUUCUUUUGCAAGACAAUAUCUUGUAAAAUAUGGAUAUUUAAUUGGAUUAGGCAUUUUUGGUAUUGCAGACAGAUCUGAUAGUAUUUUUUUAAUUAAAAAAUAUCUAAAAGAAAAGAAUAUUAUAGAGUUAGAAAUUUCAAUAAAUAAUACUACGAUUAAACUUUCAGCGAAUUCAAUUACGAAUCUGAUUUCUUCCUUGAAAUCAAAAGGGAUCACUGUUUUUGCUUAUUCAGAUCUGGGGAGAUUUACAAAUUCAUCUAAGUUCUUAUAUCAUCAAGAGAUUUUAAAUAUAUAUAGUUAUUAUCAGCAAUCUCUUCUUGAAAACAAUUUGCUUGAUUUUGAUGAUCUUUUAUUGCAUUGUUUACAAUUGUUCAAAGAAUAUCCUUUUUGUGUUAAAGAUAUUAAGUAUGUUUUUGUUGACGAGUAUCAAGAUACAAAUCUUAUUCAAUAUGAUAUUAUAAAAUCUCUGAUACAUGAAAAAUCUUCUUUAACAAUAGUUGGAGACCCGGAUCAAAGUAUAUAUGGUUUUAGAUUUGCUGAUAUUACAAAUUUUGAACGUAUGAAACAGGAUUUUCCGGAUUCAGGAACUCUUUUUUUAGAACACAAUUUUCGCUCUUCAGGAGCUAUUUUGCAGACAGCUUUAGCAUUGAUUGAACAAGGAAAGUAUAUAACGAUUUAUAGUUUAAAGGACGGUUUUACUCCUGUUUUAAAAGUGUUAGAAGAUAAUGUAAAGGAAGCCCAAUGGAUAGCAAAGGAAAUCAAAAAAUAUGUAGAAAAUACUUCUGGAUUUUUGACAUAUAAAGACUUUUCUAUUUUAGUGCGUUCUUCAGUUUUAACACAACCUAUUGAAAAUGCAUUUCAAAAAUUUGGUAUCAAUUAUAAAAUGGUUGGUGCUUAUAAAUUUUAUGAUCGUCAAGAAAUAAGAGAUAUUAUUGCAUAUUUACGAUUAAUAUGUUUCAAUGAUGAAUUGGCAUUGUCAAGAAUAAUCAAUAUUCCUAAUCGUGGUAUUGGCAAAAAUAGAUGGGAUUUUAUUGUAAACAAGUCAAAAAUGGAUAAGAAAUCUAUACUAGUAAUAUUGGAAGAGAUAACUAAAGGAAAACACAAUACUGGAAAAAUAAUAGAUAAAAAUGUCGAAAAUUCAAUUAUAUCAUUUAUUAAUACUAUAAACAAAAUUAAAAAUUAUAUGAAUACUCAAAUAAAUUCGCCUAUUUCUAACGUUCUUCUUUAUGUUUGUGAACUAUUGGAUUAUGAAAAAUAUUUAUUAAAAAAAUACCCAGAUAAUUUUCAUGAAAGAUGGAAUAAUGUUUUACAAUUUAUCAAUAAUUUUAAUAAUAUUAAUUCAGAAGAUGAUGAUAUGUAUUCCCAUAUGAGCGAAACUAAUAAUAUAUAUCAAAAACUUUUGAUAAAAUUUCUCGACAAUAUAUCUUUAUUUUCUGAUACAAUAGAAAACGAAGACAAUUCAUGUUUAAAGGUUACUAUUUCUACUAUUCAUGCUGCAAAAGGUUUAGAAUGGCCAAUUGUAUUCUUACCUGGCCUAUAUAAUGGAUCAGUACCACAUUCAAGAGCAGAAGAUAUAUCCGAAGAACGCCGAUUAUUAUAUGUUGCUGUCACUCGUGCUCAAGCUAUGCUUUAUUUAUCUUACCCUACCAAAAAUAGUUUUCAAGACAAAUUAGAGCUUUCAUCUUUUUUAAAAAAAAUCUCUUUUGUUUCUUCAUUUGAAAAGCAAAACCCAAAACUAGAUAUCCCAUUCAUUAAGACUUUAUCUGAACUUUUAAAACGGUCGACACCAAUUCUUAAUUUUUCAACAAUUAAUAUCUAUAAUAACAAUAUUUUCAUUGAUAGUAGAUUUUGCAAUUUUUAUAAGGAAAAAAAUAAAAAUACUGCAGAAAUUAAACAUUUUGAAUAUUCUAGUAAUGAUAUGGAUAUGUCUGAAGGACAACUAGAUCCUAAAUAUACAGGAUUUAUAAAUCUUAAAACAAUUCUUCAUAAUCAACUAAAUGAUUAUAAUCAAACACAAUUAUCAGAACAGAAAGCUUAUAAUUUUAAGAAAAAUAAGACACAUCAAUCUGUAGAAUCUACACUCAAUAAUGAAACCAAGCAUUUGAAUAUUUCCCUUAAAUCUCGACCAAAAUGUCUCAAUAAGUAUAUAAAUAUUCAGAAGUUAGAUAUACAAGAAAACACAUCCGAUAAUAAUGAUAUAUCCUUAGAAUCUCAGACAAUAUUAUCUAAAAUACAACCAAUACAGCCAUUAAGAACAAAUAAAAUAAUAGAAAAACCUAUCGUUAAACGCCUUGGAAUACGUAGAAGUAUGCCAAAACGCACUCUGUUUUAUGGAAAAUAG